UCGCAUCUCCAGCGUUGACCGUGUCCGCCUCUCUCUGUCACCCCAUUCCUCCUCCACCUCCUCCCUUCUUCCCACCCAUUAAGUCUAUUUGCAUAAUGGCUUCCCGGCGCCUAGCGUUCAACCUUAACCAGGCUCUGCGGAGUCGCGCCGCUCUCAAGGCCAUCCAGCCUGUGAAGCGUGGCUUUGCUUCGCCGGUUACCCUGCCCUCCACCACUCAGUCGACGACUCUGUCCAAUGGAUUCACGAUCGCGACCGAGCACUCCCCGUGGGCUCAGACUUCCACUGUCGGUGUCUGGAUCGACGCCGGCAGCAGGGCCGAGACUGACAAGACCAACGGUACCGCGCACUUCCUCGAGCAUCUUGCGUUCAAGGGCACCAACAAGCGCAGCCAGCACCAAUUGGAGCUUGAGAUCGAGAACAUGGGCGCUCACCUGAACGCCUACACCUCGAGAGAAAACACCGUCUACUACGCCAAGGCCUUCAACAACGAUGUCCCCAAGGCCGUCGACAUCCUCUCCGACAUCCUGCAGAACUCGAAGCUGGAGGCCGGUGCCAUCGAGCGCGAGCGUGACGUGAUCCUGCGCGAGCAGGAGGAGGUUGACAAGCAGCUGGAGGAAGUCGUCUUCGACCACCUGCACGCCACCGCCUACCAGGGCCAGCCCCUUGGCCGCACCAUCCUCGGCCCUAAGGAGAACAUCCAGACCAUCUCCCGCGACAACCUCGAGAACUACAUCAAGACCAACUACACCGCCGACCGCAUGGUCCUGGUCGGUGCCGGUGGCAUCCCCCACGAGCAGCUCGUCCGUCUCGCCGAGGAGCACUUCGGUGCUCUCCCCAACAAGCCGCCCACCUCUGCCGCCGCCGCUCUCACCGCUGAGCAGAAGCGUCUGCCCGAGUUCAUCGGCUCCGAGGUCCGCGUCCGUGACGACACCGUCGGCUCGGCCCACCUGGCCCUGGCCGUGGAGGGUGUCAGCUGGAAGGAUGACGACUACUUCCUCGCCCUGGUCACCCAGGCCAUCGUCGGCAACUGGGACCGUGCCAUGGGCAACUCCCCUUACCUGGGCAGCAAGCUCAGCUCCCACGUCGAGCACCACGCUCUGGCCAACAGCUUCAUGAGUUUCUCCACCAGCUACAGCGACACUGGUCUCUGGGGUAUCUACCUCGUCUCCGAGAACCUGACCCAGCUCGAUGACCUGGUCCACUUCACCCUGCGCGAGUGGUCUCGCCUGUGCUUCAACGUCACCUCCGCCGAGGUGGAGCGCGCCAAGGCCCAGCUCAAGGCCUCGAUCCUGCUGUCCCUGGACGGCACCACCGCCGUCGCCGAGGACAUCGGUCGCCAGAUCAUCACGACCGGCCGCCGCUUGACACCGGAGGACAUCGAGAAGACGAUCGGCCAGAUCUCCGAGAAGGACGUGAUGGACUUCGCCAGCCGCAAGAUCUGGGAUCAGGAUGUGGCCGUCAGCGCGGUCGGCAGCGUCGAGGGUGUCCUCGACUACAACCGGAUCCGCGCGGACAUGAGCCGCAACACCCUGUAAUCGAGCAAUGUGAUGUUUUUCUAACCCGUUUUGCGCGCCGCGCGGCCCAUGGCGCUUGUUCUUUUUCUUUUCUUUUCUGUUGGAGGGUAAUAGACCGCGGAGGUGGAGCCGGUAGCGUGUCUUGUACAGUACCAACUGUCGCUGAUAUACUAAAACUGUAUUGUUCUAUUAUUCUA